ACACAGAGAUGACUUCAAAGAGAAGAAACAACGGAAGAUCAAAGAAAGGAAGAGGACAUACCCAAAAUGUUAGAUGCAGCCAUUGUGGAAGAUGUGUUCCAAAGGAUAAGGCUAUUAAGAGAUAUCAAAUUAAAAAUAUUGUAGAAGCCGCUGCUGUCCGUGAUAUUUCUGAUAAUUCAGCUCUCACCAAAUAUAAAUUACCAAAGACUUAUAUGAAAUUAGAAUAUUGUGUUUCAUGUGGUAUUCAUGGAAGAGUAGUUAGAGUUAGAUCUAGAACUGAUAGAAGAAAUAGACUUCCACCAAAGAGAGUUGUUAAGAAGACUAAUAAGCAACAAGCAGUUAAACCAUCUACUGAAGCUGUUAAAGUUGAAAUUCCAGCUGAUGUUGUUACUGCACCAAAAGUUGUCAGCCAAAAAGAAAGACCAUUCAAAUACUUACAAUAAAUUAAGUCUGAUCUGUUGUGUGG